AUGUCGGACGAGGCGGCGAGCCCCCCGGGCGGCGGCGGCGGCGGAGGAGGCGGCGGCAGCGACGACGGCGGCGGCGGCGGCGGCUUCGGCGGCGUCAGGGAGCAGGACAGGUUCCUGCCCAUCGCCAACAUCAGCCGCAUCAUGAAGAAGGCCAUCCCGGCCAACGGCAAGAUCGCCAAGGACGCCAAGGAGACCGUGCAGGAGUGCGUCUCCGAGUUCAUCUCCUUCAUCACCAACGAGGCGAGCGACAAGUGCCAGAGGGAGAAGCGCAAGACCAUCAACGGCGACGACCUGCUCUGGGCGAUGGCCACGCUGGGCUUCGAGGAGUACAUCGAGCCCCUCAAGGUUUAUCUGCAGAAGUACAGAGAGGUGUGUGGUGAUAGUAAGCUAGCUGGGAAGUCUGGUGAUGUCUCUGUUAAAAAGGAUGCACUGGGUCCUCAUGGAGGAGCAAGUGGCACAAGUGCGCAAGGGAUGGGCCAACAAGUAGCAUACAAUCCAGGAAUGGUUUAUAUGCAACCUCAGUACCAUAAUGGGGACAUCUCAAACUGA